AUGUUUUUAUCCUGUCACUGUGUGGUGGAGCUGAUUGAAGCCGGCUUUGAGCCAGUAGUCGUGGAUAAUUUCAGUAAUGCAGUGCGAGGUGAAGAUCUGUGGCGCUGGCAAUCCAUGAAUCCCACUGGAUUUUCAAAUGGAAAAGCUAACUGA